CUUCUGUCCAUCAUCCUUACCUAUAGCAAGCUUCUGUCCAUUCUAUUUCUAUUAUAAUAAAAACUUUCAAGAAUAGUAAUGGAAACUGUGAUUGUAAAAGAUAUUGUGAUCGUAGGAGCUGGAAUUGCUGGCCUCACAACAUCCUUGGGACUUCACAGAUUAGGUAUUGAAAGUUUGGUAUUAGAAUCUUCUGAUAGCUUGAGAGUUGGUGGAUUUGCUUUAACGGUAUGGGAAAAUGCUUGGAAGGCGUUGGAUGUUGUUGGUGUUGGAACCAUCCUCCGCCACCAACAUCUACAACUUCAUGGGAAUGUGACUACUUCUUUGGUUAUGGGGCAACAGACAUCAACUACGUCUUUCAUGGACAACAAAGGAAAGUAUGGAGCCCGUGAAGUUCGGUGUAUUGGAAGAAAUUUAUUGUUGGAAGCCCUUGCAAAUGAACUUCCCAAUGGCACCAUUAGGUACAUGUCAAAGGUUGUUGCUAUUGAGGAAUCUGGUUUUUCCAAAAUACUACAUCUUGUUGAUGGAACAACCAUCAAAACCAAGGUAUUGAUUGGGUGUGAUGGAGUAAACUCUGUGGUGGCAAAAUGGUUAGGGUUCAAGGAAGCCUCAUACACAGGGAGAUAUGCAACCAGAGGUUAUGCAGAGUUGAAGACCACUCACAACCUUGAACCAAUGUUCAUGCAGUACUUUGGCAAAGGUUUUAGGGCUGGGGCUAUCCCAUGUGAUGAGAAAAGUGUUUAUUGGUUUUUCACAUGGACUCCUAUUAACCAAGAUAAAGAGCUAGCACAAGACCCUGCUAAGCUAAAACAAUAUGUGUUAAACAAGUUAGAGAAGAUGCCAAGUGAUGUUAAACAUUUCAUAGAAAACACAGAAUUAGAUGCAUUUCAAUCAGCUCCAUUGAGACAUAGACAUCCUUGGGAGCUUAUGAUGGGAAAUAUUAGUAAAGGCAAUGUUUGUGUUGCUGGAGAUGCUUUACACCCUAUGACACCUGAUCUUGGUCAAGGGGGGUGUUCUGCUUUAGAGGAUGGAGUGGUUUUAGCAAGGUGUUUAGCCGAGGCCUUUUCGAAGAAACCAAAGGAAGAAGAAGAAGAAGAAGAAGAAUACAAAAGGAUUGAGGAAGGUUUCAAGAAAUAUGCAAAGGAGAGAAGAUGGAGAUGCAUUGAUCUCAUUAUUGCAAAUUAUUUUGUGGGUUCUAUUCAGGAAAGUGGUUCAAAAUUGGUUAACUUCUUCAGGGAUAAAAUUUUGGCUACAUACUUAGCUAGUCAGUUAUUGAAGAAAUCUAAUUUUGAUUGUGGUAAACUAAAAAAUAGCCCUUAAUUAGAGUAGUGACACAAUUAUCUUGUAUGAUAUUUUUUUUUACCAAAACUUAUAUAUAUUGUAUAAUGCUUAGUCCACAAUGUCGCAUUUCAUCUUGCC